AUGGAUGUUGAAGAAGACUUGUUGAUAGUUGACGAGGUCGGCGUCUCUAGUCAACAAGCAGGGCGCGAACAAACUUCCGCCCGGCCCGUGUUUUCAGACCCUGAGAGGGUCUAUUGUAGAGUGGCGGAUCCCGGCCAGGAAAGACUCCGCCGAAGCGAAGGCUCGGGCGAAGAUACGCCAGAAUUUUUAACAGGGCAGCCGGACAUCAUUCCAGAACUUGUGAAGCUUGCUGACGAACUCUUUGAUCAGCGACCAGAUUUGUUUGCCGUAGGUAACCAGCCAUCGAUGGACCUGUUUGCUGGUCUGGACGAACGACCGACAGAAAACGAUCAGCAACUGACGGAAACUCAAUCGAGCACGACGGCCACAACAAAAAGAAAAAGGAAGAAACCGACGAGGUGGGGACCGGAGCUAGAAAUAUGGAUGGUGGAAGUUCCUGAGUCUGGUGAAGAUCUAUAA